UUCCACGUCCACGAUACGGUCCACAGACAACAGGACCCAUCCCACCCACGUCCGUCUCCUGAGAUAUUUUCCGCUCCCGAUCGGCCGUACGCUCCCCAUCCGACGACUACGCUGCCGCCACCGCGCUGCCGGCGCAACCGACGGCUGCCUUUUGAGGACGUGGCCGAGGCGGGUUCGCUUUUUCAUGUUCCUCCUCUCCCUUCCCCUGGCUUCCCAAGUCCCGUCCCGUCUCCUGGGCUGGCUGACCAGUGACCAGCCCUCUCCCACGUCGCACGCCUGUGGCUCCUGACCUUUCCACCACCGGAGUUAAUGCCUCCGCCUCUCCGUCAGCGCCGCCUGGCCUCGCCGUCUCGCUGUGCGCGGCGUGGGUGGUAGCAGUACCACGCGUGGUGGUUGAUUGAGCCAUUGGAUGGGCGGAAUUGCCGUUGGCGAGGUGAGGCGUGGAGACUGAGGGGGAGCUGUUGUGGCGCGUGUCUCCCUGUCGCUCACAGCUUCUUUUUAUUCACUCCGCGCCCGGUUCCGUUCCGGGGAAUGGGUUCUGCGGAAGGAUUCUGAGCCGCGGAGUCGGGGGAGGGAGGAGGCGCGACGCUGGUGCGGCCGCUGCUGCCUCGAUCUCUUGCCGCCUGGGCUCUCGUACGUACGUCCUCGUAGUCGUCGCCGCGGCGCAAUUUGGCGGCGUGCGCGUUCCUUGCCUAGAUUGGUGCGAUCCAAUUUCUGAGAGGCGUAGAGGUGCGGCGCCACAGAACACGAGCGCGCGCGCCUGGUGCUUGCUGAGAAGCAUCUGCAACCGUCAUUCCAGGCUCACGAGGAAACUCAUUUACUCGAAUCAUGUCGGACUUUGUCAGGAGUAGAUAUGAUAAGCAAGAAGAUUUCCAAGUUUUGUUGAGCAAGAAAGAUCCUGGAGAACAACCUCAGCACAAGGAUUACCUGUGGAUGGCUCACUGGACCAAAGCAAGCAGCGCUGCAGAACCCCGAAACAAUGACAGCAAUCCUUUGGAGGAUACCAACAAUGGCACUACUACGAAAGAUAGCGAGACCUUGCCUUAUGAAUUCAUGAAAUCUACAGUUGCUGAAAGGCUCAUGGUAGGAGUACGCCAUGGAAGUGCCUCCAUGCAGCAUGUCCGACAAUUCAAGUCUAGUAUGCGGGGUAUGCCACGACUUUCCAAUGAAUUGGGACCAAAGAAUAGUGAACAGGUUGAUGAGUCUUUUGAAAAAUCUUUGAAAAACGAUGCUAUGAACUUGAGAACUAGGCAAGUUGUGUCAGAAACAUAUUCUAUUCACAAGCUUUCAGAGUUACCGUUGGAUUUUCAGAACCUUGGGAGCUCAGAUGAUCCAAGUCCAGAUUGGAGCCACUUUCCAAUGUUCGAAAUUAAUCAAAAGAUUGACAGUAUUGUCAACCGUAAACGAAGGUCUCCACCUCUGGAUCUAAAUGUGUCUGCAUCCCAUGUGAUGGCCCUAUCGUCACAAGAAUACAUGAUGCACUCACAUCAAACAGCUGAUGAGAACAUGGAUACGUGCAAACCUGCAGAAGGCUUUGCAUCUCGUGUAGAAGAUCAUGCUGGCUUCAAUUCAGAUCCUCCAGGGCCAAAGUUAAAAGGGCAAUUGUUGGAUACCAUGUCAUGUUCUUGCAGCAAGGAUGACAACAACUCAGCAGAUUGUCCAAUAGAUGAGCAGCACACAAGCCACUAUUUUGCAAACUCAAAGCAUGAACUACCCUCUGUAUCUAACAAAAAGAAGUUCAAGUUUGCAGGAAACAACCACAAUCGAAUUGUUGCAAGUGCGUCCCACGAUCUGAAGACAAAAAGAUCUGCUGUCCAUAAACAACAAAGUGCUGCAGAGGCAGUGUUCUGUGCACCAGUACUUGAUAGUGAGUUUCAGAAUGAACCUAUAACUAUUUCCAACAUCGACAAGAAGGAUGGUGAAAAUUUUCAUGAUAUGUAUAAAUGUCUUGGCAAGGCUGUUUCAUGUCCUUUGUUACCUUAUGAGCAUCGUCAUCUGAAUACACAGAGAACGGAAUCUGCAGAAAAUUUGAAAGUCUGCACGCUUCCUGAUCAUCAAACUGCAAAUAAAUUGACAGAAAAGAGUCAUGGUGAGCUGCUGACAUAUGGACCAAAGUCAAAGGAAAUGUAUACAGGUUCUUGUAACCAAAGAAGGUCUUAUUUCUUUGAAAAGUUAACGAUUCCUUCCAAAUCACAAAGUACAUAUCCUAAAAAUUCUGCGUCUUCAGGAAAAUCUAGCGACUUUGGAGUUUGUAUGUAUGGCACCAAUAUUGGCAGUCAGUUAUUCAGAGCACAGAAUCAAUCUUCAGCUAAGACUGAAACAUUGCACAGCGAUACUCUCAUUGGGUCCAAAUCCCCAGCAGGCAUCGCUUCAUUGUCGGCACAAAAGGACUAUGGUUGCACGGACGAAGCAAAAAGUGAGCAGCUCGUAGCUCCGUCCAGGAGAGGAGAUUCAGGAUACGGUAAAGAAGAUGGAUUUCAUAAUGUCAAUGAAGGUCAUGAUGUUUGGUCCAAAGCAACUAUUGGUAGUAAGCAAUCAUGCAUGCCCGGAACGGGAAUCACGAACCUAGAUCUGAUACUUUCCCAGAUGAGCAGAAUGAGAAAUCAAAUUUCCAUUGGUAGAAUUCAACCACCAAUAGGUGCCGAGCCAAGUGACAGAUGGCUCAAGCGCCUACAGCCUGACAUACCAGAUCCUGACAUCCCUGGUUCCAGGAGGCCAAACGUUGGAGGCAGCCCUCCACUCAGGCAAAGAAAUCGUUCGUUUGACAUGGCACUUCCUUGCAACAGGACUGACACUGGAACAACUGACUGUGUUAUGGAGGACCAGAGCUUGGAUAAAGUGGAAAAAACGCAAGAAAAGCAAGAAAGUACCCCAAUUCCAGCGAAGAGCGUGAAUAGCUGGAUAGGAAGAUGGUGCCAGGGAGGCACUCCUGUUUUCCAUGAAGGCCCAGGCCAGGGAAGGCAAGCAACAAAGCCUGGCCGGCCAUCUGAAGAACUCGAAGGUCGGUUCCCAAGCAUUGCAGCGAUGGCGAUGAUGGGGCGAGCGAUGAACAAGCUUCGGCCGUGCGAGCAUCAGAAGAUGGGGCCACUUGUGGUGUGGAAGACAGAUUGACCUCAUAUAUAUAUGUUUUUGGGUGUAAUAUAGUGGUUUCUUUCCAAAAAAAGAAAAAAAAAUGAAAAGCAACAGUGAAUUUUGCCUGGUUUAUUGUUUAUGGUGUAAUAAACCAUAUGAUGGCUCAUGGUUUAUUGUUUUCUGAAGUGAAAGUAGCUAGGUGUAGUGGAUACUGGUGAUGUAAUGGUCUGGUCUCAUAUACCAACAAUAUAAUAAUAUUUUACUGUUUACUGUGUCGUUA